AUGGAUCCCGAGUUGUUGCGUCAACAAGCCGCGUUCAAGAAGAGGGCCGCUCAGACGGCGAGUGUCCAGCAACGACCGACCCCUGCAGCUCAACCGUCUCACACCACCUACCGAACCGACGAGCACAAAAAGAAAAAGAAGCCAAAACAAGAGGCACCAAAGAUCGAUAAAGAGCCCCCAUCAAGUAAUGCCGUCUCCAAUGCGAUCAACUUCUCAACAAUGGCUAAGAUUGUCGACUACUUAAAGAAACGACACCUCGAUAAACAGAGUUGGCCACUCGGCUUUUCGGAAGUGCUGGCGGAGCUGCAGAUUUAUGGGCUAAGCAAGAAAUCUGAAGCGUGGCUUCAAGAAGCGCUCCCAAGAAACGAGAAAAUUAUCACCGAUGACGAAGGCAAAUUCAGAUUUCGACCGAAGUACAAGAUCAUUGGCAAGAAGUCGCUGCUCGAAGUACUCAAAUCACACUACUCGAACGCAAAAGGAGGAAUUUUGCUUUCAGAGUUGAACGAAUGUAUCUCGCACGCUGACAAGGCUUUGGAAGAAUUGGGUAAUCAGAUUGUCGUAGUGCCCACCGUGAUAAACAAGCGGAAGGAUAAGACGGUUUUCAUCAACGACAAGACGAACGACAUUGAUCUGAACGACGAUUUCAAAGGUUUAUGGCGAAACGUUUCGGUGGAUCAUUUAGACGAAAAGAAAAUCGAGGAAUACUUGCAAAAGAGGGGCAUUGAUGUUAUGAAGGAUCUUCUCCCAAAGCGACUCAACAAUGGUCCACCCAAGCGAAAACCGACAAAGCGGAAAUUGGAUCAAAAGAAGGUUCACAAUGUCCACAUGAGCGAUAUUCUUCAGGACUACGAU